CGUUUUUCAAUAACAUACCCAACGCGUUCGCAGCAACCACUGUUCCGUACAACAAACACAAUCUGUAUUGUUUUCCCAACGCGACUUCUUCCCAACGCGACUUCUUUCAGAUUCGAAUCAGAACGUUUUCUCCAGCGUGCUCACAAAAGAAACUAUCCUCUAAGUUGGUUUGCUAAUUUUUCUCAACGUGUUCGCAACAAUCCCAAAAGUCUUUUCACAACUGCCUUUCCAACGUUUCCACCUUGAUACAAUACGUCCCACCAUGAAUACAACAGAAGCAACUCCUCUCAGCCGCACCAAAAAGCGGGUGAGAUUCCUGGAGGACGUGGAAGUCAUCGAAAUCGGAGGAGCAUCCCAGAACAAGGACAAGGAAAACGACAGCGAAGCCCACCUCGAGGGCAACAAUCGCACGGCACUCGAAGAACAACGAGAUAGGAUUUCUACCGACAACAGCCAACCUGUAUCGAACAUGUCCAGAGCUCAACGAGGGCAUUUCCUCGUCUUCCCGUCGUGUCCGAUCACGACUUUCCCACUACAAGGACAGAACGAGGUCUUGCUCACAUCGCUGGCGCCAACCUCGGCACGCUUGUUCGAUCGAUGGGCCUGCGGUGCCUCGCACCAGCAGCUCGAUCCCCGUUCGUUUUCCGUGCUUCCACCGACACUCCCCGUUCGCAGGGUCGAUGAUACCAAAGCGCAGUGCACGAGAGACAUUAUCCAGAGUGCCCUGGAUUGUGUGACCGCCGAUUGUCCAGUCCUUCUAGUAACGGACUGAUCGAAAACGUUCGGAAAAAUACGACGAAUGUACAUAGCAGUUCGUUCUGUUCGACUCCCUCGAUAGAUAGCAAAAGGCGGUAUCUCCUAUGGUUGACCAAAAGCACAGCUCGGUAUCUGGAACCGGGCCCUACGAAUUCACCAGGAGUAGCAACCCUACAACAAGAUCAUGUAAAAAAACCUUCCUCCCAAACUCUGCGUGUUUCCACAUCAUUCUACAUAAGCAUGCAAGCACACAGACGACCAUGCACUCUUACGAACACACCCACUUGAAUACUUACAUAUACAUUACUAGUACUAUUAUUAUUAUAACUUAGCGCACCAGCACCACCUUUGAAACAAAUUUAUGACGUGAAC